CUCUCCCGGCUGCCUGCCACUGUGAUCUUAGGGAAAGCAUCCUUCAAGGUCCUCUGCUAGAACAUGAGUGACCAGCAGGAAAGGGAGACAGAAGAGGAUGAAGGAAGCACUUCAGACACAGCACCCAUGAUACCCCGAAGAGGGUCUACUGACUACCAUGUCUCAGUCCUGGUAUGUCCAAGGUGGCCUAUGCUGGUCACCCAAGGCCUCAGGACCCUGUUGUUGCCUGGCCGGACCCUGGUUGGGUUCCUGUUCCAUCUGCUGCUACCAGGGACAGUCUUCCUGCUGGUGUUGCUGCCAGCUGCUGCCAUUGUCUACCUGGGAUUCCUGUGCCAUUCAAGGGUUCAUCCAGCCCCGGGUCCACGAUGCCGAGCGCUGCUCUCAGACCGCGGCUCUGCAACGCUUAUUGUAUUCGGAUUCCUCUCUCUGCCGCCGCUUCUGGUGCUUGCCUCGGCCGCCCGCUCCCUCCUGGUUCGGCGACUACGCCCUAUGCUGCAAAGCCCCGCGGGGACCCCCGAGCCGCCCUGCCCGCCGAGAUGCAGCGAGGAGGGACUGGCGGGCGACCGCCCUGACGAAGAGAAACAACUUUGUGCUUGGGUCUGAUGCCUCAGAGGCAUCUCCGUGUCAA